UCAUGCAUCACGUGGCUUCCACACCACGUGACCCCUAACGGAAAAAAAACAACAUGGCGGCACACUGUUCUCUGGGACUGGCAACAAGAUCAGCAGGACUGGGUGGUUUCCUGCAGAGAGCUCGUUGUUUAAGAAGCUGCGGUCCCCCAACAUCCCUACUGCGUCCGCAACAUCGGCACUUCUUCUGGAGGAAGUGGAAAAGUUCUCACAAUGUAGUUCGCCCAGCUACUGUUAGGCCUGCCUAUGCAGUACCCAAGCACAUUGUGCGGCCUGACUAUGUGAGCACUGGACUGGUCCCAGAAUGGCCAGACUACAUAGAUAUCAAAGAAAAAGAGCAGAUCGAAGGCCUUGCCAGAGCAUGUCAGCUAGCCAGACAUGUGCUGCUACUAGCUGGACGCAGUCUGAGGGUUGGCAUGACUACGGAUGAAAUAGACUUCAUCGUCCACCAAGAGACGAUCAAGAACGAUGCCUACCCGUCCCCUCUCCGAUACGGGGGUUUCCCCAAGUCGGUCUGUACAUCCGUGAACAACGUGGUCUGCCACGGCAUUCCUGACAGUCGGCAACUUGAAGACGGAGAUAUCAUCAACGUUGAUGUCACCGUGUAUUUAGACGGUUACCACGGCGACACUUCAGAAACCUUCUUGAUUGGCCAGGUGGAUGAGGUCGGGCAGCGACUGGUGGAAACUGCCAGGCGCUGCCGAGACGAGGCUGUCGCCGCCUGCAAGCCGGGUGCACAGCUGUGUCUCAUAGGAAACACAGUCAGUGAAAUCGCCCACGCCAGCGGCUUUCAAGUGUGUCCUUACUUCAUUGGACAUGGAAUAGGUUCUUACUUCCACUGCCAUCCAGAGAUCUGGCACCAUGCUAACGACAAUGACAUGACCAUGGAUGAAGGGAUGUCUUUCACAAUAGAGCCAAUACUGAUGGAGGGGUCCCCCGAGUUUAGAAUCCUGAGGGAUAAGUGGACCGCGGUGUCUGCAGACGAUAAAAGGUCCGCUCAGUUUGAACACACUGUGGUCAUCACAUCCGACGGAGUGGAAAUCCUCACUAAACUACCAGAGGAGAGCAAUCUGUGACCUGAUGGAAACAAAGUGGUGUCCACAAGUUCAGCUUUACCUCAAAAUACCUGAGAUACCAAAACUCACUCAUCGACAUAUUCAAAACGACUAUGUCAUUCUUACCUCUUAAGUAUAUUAUAAACUGUGAGGUGCUCAUACAGAGGAAAACGUGACUGCAGGUGCAUCUCAUUGCUGAAAUAGAGAUAUAUGUACGUCAUGAGUGUUCAUAUUGUCAUUUUAGGGGAUUCCAAUCCAAAUAUCAGUCCCUUCUUUUGUUAAGCUAACUGCAGCUGACCAGUUUAGCCAUUUACAUUUUUUUUGAGUGAACAUUUUUAGGUUUUUAUGAUCCUUUAUGACAUUCUAGGUUUGAUUGAAUGGAGCCUAUGCCAGUUAAACAUGACUCAUUUUAAUCAAGAGAGACUUGUAACAGUUAAAUUGGAUAUAGAUAAUGAGGUAAUUUUUAAAUACUUAUUUUUGAUAAUAUGCAUCUCACUUCGUUUGAACGUUUCAUAGACUCUACACUGUAAGGUAUUUCUUGCUGUAAGUUAUUUUGAUUUGCUGUAUUAUUUUAUCGCCCAAUGAAAUGCUUACUUUAUGUAACAAUACAUACUUUGUAAAGGCGGCUGAAGUUUGGCAUGAGACUGCAGUAACUGUCAGUGGAGAAGUGACUUAGUGAAUGAGUGUAACCAGCAGAUGGCAGCGCAGGUCAUUUUCUCUUGACCGUGUUGAGCACAGACUCCACAUCCUCCCUCAUGUCCCUCAUAAUGCGCUGCAGCACAACACCGCUCGCCGGAGCAGGUCAAAUAUGUUUAUGGCCCGUAAGCCGACGUGGAAAGUAUGUUUACAGUGAUCUGAAACUAGGUAUCCAUGCUUAUGUGUCAACCUGUCCUACGUGACAGAGGCUUUUUACACCAGACUUCAUUUCCAAAGCACAGAUUGAUCGAGUGUAGUUUACAAGCUGAACAACAAAAUCCGCCCAAGCUGGGAGACGGAAAUUCUGCAUGGGUGUGUUGGAAAUUCCACAAAAGCUUUGAAUUCUUUUUUUCUGUUCUUCCGAACUGUAUAUUUGGUCUACAGGUGGAUUUAAUAAAGAAGAGGACAUGGGAUACAAUGUCUCACAAAGUUC